AUGGGAGAAACGCCAAGAAAGAAGAUCAUUGUCGCUUUGACUGGCGCAACUGGCGCUGUCAUAGGCAUUCGUAUCCUAUCAACCCUUCGACAUUUAAACGUUGAAACGCAUCUCAUCAUCAGCAAAUGGGCUGCCGAGACCAUCAAAUACGAAACAGACUACACUCCAGCUGCCGUUCGAGCGCUAGCAGAUCAUGUCUACAACCCAAACGACCUGGCUGCACCCAUCGCCAGCGGCUCUUGUCAUGUUGACGGCAUGAUUGUUGCCCCCUGUUCAGUUAAGACACUGGCUGCCAUUAAUGCUGGUAUCUGUGAUGACCUCAUCACUCGUGCUGCAGAUGUUUGUCUCAAGGAACGAAGGAGAUUAGUGUUGUCGUUGAGAGAAACACCACUCAGCGAAAUACAUUUGCGGAACAUGAUGGAGGUGACUCGGGCUGGUGCGAUUAUUGCACCUCCUGUUGUUGGAUUUUAUACGAGGCCGAGCUCUGUGGACGACAUAUUGGAUCAGAUGGUUGGUCGUUUAUUGGAUCUGUUUGGGCUGGAAGCUGGUAAUUUCGAGAGGUGGGAGGGAAUGAAAAACAAUACUCCUUGA